AUGGGGAAAAAACAGCAUCAAGUCAACGCAGGUCAGCAGUGCAGCCUCCUGCUGAGGGCAGCGCUGCUCUCUGUCCUGCUGUGCGGUCCUAAGCAUGUGGCGUCAGACUCAGACGAGGUCGUCUUCACUGAGUGGGAGAUCUGGAAGAGCAGCCACGGCAUAAGCUAUGACGACAUGGACGACAUGCAAAGAAGGGUCAUCUGGGAGGACAACAAGCAGAGGAUUGAAGACAAUAAUCAAAGGUUUUUUACAGGGAUGAGGUCAUUCACGAUGGCCAUGAACAAAUAUGGAGACCUGACAGGACAAGAAUACCAGGUAAUGCAAGGUGCCAUGAUGGACGCCCGCUUUGUAAAGCGAGGUCCAACUGCCUCUGCCCAACGGCUGCGUAAUAACGCUAAGAAUUUAGAUGCUACGUUUGUUGACUACAGGAACCUGGGUUAUGUCACUGAAGUGAAAGACCAGGGUUACUGCGGCUCAUGCUGGGCCUUCAGCACCACAGGAGCCAUCGAAGGACAGAUAUACAAAAGGACAGGUCAACUCGUCUCCUUGAGUGAGCAGAACUUGGUCGACUGCUCCAAACCGUACGGCACCUACGGCUGCAGCGGAGCCUGGAUGGCGAACGCCUACGAUUACGUGGUGAACAAUGGGCUGCAGUCGACCAGCACGUACCCUUACACUUCAGUGGAUACUCAGCCCUGUUAUUAUGACGGCAGACUUGCAGAGGCUCAUAUUAAAGACUACAGGUUCAUACCCAAAGGAGACGAGCAGGCCCUGGCUGACGCCGUGGCAACCAUUGGUCCAAUCACAGUGGCCAUUGAUGCAGAUCAUUCCAGCUUCCUGUUCUACAGCUCAGGAAUAUACGAAGAGCCCAUGUGUAAUCCCAACAAUCUGAGUCACGCUGUAUUGCUGGUUGGUUACGGCUCUGAAGGAGGUCAAGACUACUGGAUCAUAAAAAACAGCUGGGGAUCCAGUUGGGGUGAAGGCGGCUUCAUGAGGCUGAUCCGGGACGGCAGAAACACUUGUGGCAUUGCAAGCUAUGCGUUGUAUCCAAUCCUAUGAGUCAAACUUUAAUGCUGAUCCUCUGUGGUCUGUCAGUGAUGCUCCAAAAAAAACCCAAAACACUAUUCAUUACUUAUAUCGCUCUAAAGUCGUCCAUAUUCUUUACAAACAAAAGCUUUCUGACAGUGAAGGUGUUUUGUGGAAAGAUGCUCAUCUUUGUACAGUGAACACAGCUUCUCUCAGGGACGUAGUACAAACACACACACGCACACUAUUCAGCCUGUGGAAUGUUUUUUUGGAUUAGUCAAACUCACCAGCUGUGGACUGAAGUCAUGUAUUUUCCCCUCUCAUCCAGUAUUGUGGCCAAUUUAUUGUUAGAUAGAUGCAUACAUUACAAUAAACAAUUUAAAUUUAGGGCAUUUACCGCAGAGGCUCUAAUCCUAUCAGAAUGAAAAUUAGUUGGCAGUGAAAUGAAUUCCACUGGAAUUGUGGGAGAUUUACAUAAUAGACAUGGAUAUUACAUAAUCCACACAUUUAUAUUGAGUUUAAUUCUGGUAAACGAUUACCCUUUUUGUCUCAACAGUAAAACCUUUAUAAUUAAGCAUCUUGACAGUGUUGAACUGAGAGUU